CUCAGACUAUUUUUUAUUAGAAUUUAUUUUUUCCUGAAGCUCAGGUCUGUGCCUUUAUUCUUGUUUAUGAGCAACGGAUGAGUCAUCAACCAGAAGUUGAAGAUUCACCCACCAUUUUUGUCCCUUUAAAUACACCUGCAUUGUACAGGGUUGAUCAACUCAAAGGGUUUUUUCAAUCUCUGGAAAGUAGAGCAUUCCAGAUCACUUGUUGCAGACUCAAUUGCAGCACUUUCAGAAAUAUGAAGAGCCAACUCCAAGAACAUGUUAUCGGAAUCCCAGUCAGCUGCCAAUAUGAUAAGCCAUCUCUUUCAAAUGGCUCUGGGGCAAUCAUCCAAAAAAAAUGGGAUUCCACAAAUUACAGGAUCAAAAAAAACAGGAAGAAGGCAGACAAUUUUGUGGAUGGAGUCCGAGAGCAUGUGAGAUUAGGGCCUAAGUUCUCUGAAACGGUGAAGGGAAAGUUGAGCUUGGGGGCUAGGAUUCUUCAAGUUGGAGGAGUGAAGAGAGUUUUCAAGCAAAUUUUUGGUGUUGAAGGAGAGAAGCUGUUGAAGGCUUCCCAAUGCUACUUAUCAACAACAGGAGGCCCUAUAGCUGGUCUCCUCUUUAUCUCUUCUCAGAAGAUUGCCUUUUGCAGUGAUAGAUCAAUCAAAUUCUCUUCUCCAAAUGGUGAAUUGAUUAGGAUCCAUUACAAGGUCUCUAUCCCACUGAGAAAGAUAAAAAGAGCCAACCAAAGCGAGAAUGUGAAAAAUCCAUCUCAGAAGUACAUGGAAAUCGUUACUGUGGAUAACUUUGACUUCUGGUUUAUGGGAUUCUUGAAUUAUCAGAAAGCUUUCAGCUACCUCCAACAGGCACUCUGUGAAGCGCAGAAUCUGGUUGAGAAGUGAUUCAAAGUUUCUUCCCCCAACUUCUACAAAUGUAUUUACAUGAAUCUGAUAAGGAUCUGUACAGUCAGAGGCUUUGUACAAAUUUUUUGCUAAUGAGAAAUUGAUCUCCAAUUUUUCAACCAUAUUUUCUAUUCAGUGCAUGGAACAAGUUCUUCCAAAGUGACUAUUGUUUUAGUACUA